CUGACAUUUCACCUUGUGUAUUGUGGAGUAGGCCGCGCGACGCUGUGUAGUAUAAAUUUAAUGUUUUUGGUGUUAAAAAGUUCAUGACCAUGGGAGAACUGACGCUCACCAACUUGUUCGAGUCCCAAACUAUAUUCGCUGACCAUAAGGACCUAAUCCACGAUGUGGCCUACGAUUUUUACGGGGAACGAAUGGCUACUUGUUCGAGCGACCAGUAUGUGAAGGUAUGGGACUCCGACGGUCGCGAUGGGUGGAAGAUGACUGCGAGCUGGAAAGCGCACCAUGGAUCGGUGUGGAAGGUAACUUGGGCGCACCCUGAGUUUGGCCAGGUCAUCGCUACUUGCUCAUUUGAUCGCACUGCCGCUAUUUGGGAGGAAGUUGGUGACACCACAGCCCCGGGCUCAGAGAAGGGCCUCCGGACGUGGCUGAAGCGCUCCAAUCUAGUCGACUCCAGGACCUCCGUGACAGAUGUCAAGUUUGGACCUAAACACUUGGGCCUGUUACUAGUCACUUGCUCUGCUGAUGGCAUUAUUAGGAUAUAUGAAGCGCCCGAUGUGAUGAAUCUGGCGCAGUGGACGCUACAGCAUGAAAUCCCCACAAAGGUGUCAAUCAGCUGCCUCUCCUGGAAUCCCUCGUUGUCAAGAGUAAACCCGCCGAUGAUAGCGGUGGGUAGCGACGAGCCCAACACGGCCGCCGCCGCCGUCACGCCCGUCAACGAUAAAGGCGUCGCGUGCAACGGGAAAGUCUUCCUUUAUGAGUACAGCGAAGCGUCCCGGCGCUGGACUCGAACCGACUGCCUCUCGUCAGUGCAGGAGCCUGUCAACGACAUCGCCUUCGCGCCCAACCUCGGCCGCUCAUUCCACCUGCUCGCGGUCGCUACCAAAGAUGUUAGGAUCAUCAAAAUAGAACCCAUCACAGACUCAUCGAACUCCUCAAACGGGUCCACGGUCCGUUUUAAGACGGAAGUAAUGGCCGCGUUCGAGGAGCACUACUCGUGCGUGUGGCGCGUCUCGUGGAACGUGACGGGCACGCUGCUGGCGUCCUCCGGGGACGACUGCGCCGUCAGGCUGUGGAAGAUGCAAUACCUGAAUCAGUGGAAGUGCGUGGCCGUGUUCAAAAACGAGACCCUGCCGGGUGACAGCCCCCCCCUCUCGCGACCCCACACCACCUACAUGCGCAUGGCUACCAUGGCCAACCCGGGCCACAUGCCCUUCCACUGACCACACCACGCCUGGCCAUAGAGUAGCACAAAGUGAUUGCGGCCAGGAGUUUUGCGACAGUGAUCAAUGGACAAUUUUACUGGGUGCGUUAUUUGCGUGUUAUUUUUUUUAUCAAGAGGUAGUGAAAUAUAACAAUAAUAACCUUCAUAAUUAUAACGACGCGUGCGUUUCUAUAUCAUUGAGCGGGUGAUCUAAACUUGUAUGGAAACAUUAAAAUUCAAACAAUAUCUUUGUUACUAAUUUUAAUUAAAUUUAUUCUUAUUUGGCCGCUGUCAUAGACACGAUAAAGGCUUUAUAGUAUUUUAUACAAUCGUGAUAUAAUACAAAGCUUUUCAGUCGAGUUCCAUGUUUAAUAGUACGGUACGAGAGUGAAAAGCUUAAUUAUAUCACUAUAAUAUUGUAUACAAUACUUUUUC